UAAUAAACCGUGCCUGGAGGAGCGCGUCACCAUGGCGACGCGUCGGCAGCAGGACCUCGUUGUCAUGGUGACGCGUCCGCAGAAGAAGGUCGGUUCAGCCAAAGUUUCCUUUGCUUCAUCUUUAAGCUGAAGCAGACUCCCGUCGUCAUGACAGCAGGAGCAGUGUCAGCUCCGCUCAUCAUUCCCAUGAUCCACCUGCAGACUCACAGAGCCAAAAACCACAUAGACACCAACACACCUGUCUCCAUUCAAUCAGACACUCCUGAUGUUCUGAUCUUCUACACUCUGGAUGGGUCUAAGCCGUCCUUCGGGCCUCGGGAGUCAAAGGGCAGCAGGAGGUACGGCGGCCCGAUUCUGCUGCCCGCUGGUCGAGUGGCCGUCAGAGCCGUCGCUGUCACCAGAGACGGCAGAGACAGCUCCACAGUGACGAAGGUUUUCUCUGUUGAGCUUGUUGAGUCAAACGAGGAUCAACGUCAGUGUGAAGGAACCUUGAUCAGCUCUGGUCCUUUAUUGAAGCCCUCAGGUGGUCUCCUGACCGGGGGACUGGGCUCUCCCACCAAACCACAACCAGCUGGAUCCUCCCAACCUUCCCAGUCAGCGGCGAGCAGACAGCAGACUGACUUCCUGCGGUGUGCUCAGUGUCAGCGUCCUCGUCCCUCUGAUCCAUUCUGUGGGUUCCGUGCUCAGUGUGGACCUUCACUUCCUGUGUUAGAUGAGCAGAGACGCCGCCCUGCUGAGGGAGGACAGGUGCUUCGCUGUGUGUUGUGUAACUCUCUGGUUCCUGUUAACACUCACACAUGUUUAAUCUGUGAGGCUGCCGUCCAUCAACAACAGCCACAGUCUAGCGGUGCACGUCAGCCCGGCCACGCGGCCAGCUAUGUGGUUUGUUGGCGUUGCGGAGCGAAUGGACCCCCGCAUGCCUUCUACUGCGCAACCUGUGGCGCCUUCCUGGAAGCCCCGCCCCCACCAACAUCUUGCGGUGACAUCACUCAACCUGUUGGGGCUGCCGCCACACUCCAGGGGUCAGCCCCUUGGAGAGCAAGGCGACCCUCCGGCCCCCCUCCACCCCCAAAGGUAACAACGCCCAGUAAGGAUCAGUCCACGCAGACAGUGAGAUUCUAUUACCCAUCAGCCACGGAGCUCCAGAGGAAGGAAACACAGAGGAAACUUCAACUGAGCAAGCAGCAUUCAGCCAGAGACCAACGGCCACCACUGACCUCCAUCAGCCCAGGGAGAGGUUUCUGGAGGAAGCAGCUGGAUCACCUGUGUGCUCACCUGAGGAGCUACGCCCAGAACAACGCCCCCUUCAGGACCCUGCUAGGAGAACCCCGUCUGGGCCAGAUGGUUUCCGCUGCGAUUCAAGAAGAUCGUUAUGAAGUCAGCUUGACCUUCAGCUUUGUGUCAGCCGGAGGAAGACAACGUCAGGUGGAGCAGGCAGCUGACGGCCUUGGACCCCCAGCUGGGACCGAGACUCUGGGCGCCACGAUAGAGCCAUCGGUUGACUGCCAACGCGGCACAUGGUCCGAAGAUAAAGCUAACGAUGCUAACGACGCUCACAGACCAACCCUGAGACCCAGACCUCCGGUGAGGGAUGUGCAGCUGCUGAAGGAGCUCGGUCCAGGUCCGGGUCGAGGUCGCAUCAGCAUCAUCCAGCAGCUCCUGGAUCAGGGGGCGGACCCGUCCUGCUGCGACGCGAAUGGCCGCCAUGCUCUAGCGGUUGCCGUGGUGAACGGUCACCAUGACGUACUUCCUGUUUUGGUGCAGCGUGGAGCCGACGUGGAUCAGCAGUCUGGAGAGAUGAAGAACACGGCUCUGCAUGAAGCUGCAGCUCUGGGCUCUGAAGGUCUGAAGGCUGCUGAGGUCCUGCUCAGCUGUCGGGCGUCCUUGCGGCGGAGGGACGUCGCGGGUCGGGCGGCGUUGGACGUGGCGCUGAGCUCCGGCUGCAGCGAGGCAGCCGCUCUGCUGGCUGCUCGCACCGGACUGGACAUGCUGGGCAGACUGGGGAGACCCAGAGAGGACCGGGACGGGUUCUGAUGGUCCGUCUGGUCCACACGCUGACACGCGUUUCCAACUACGUAAUAAAUAUAAUUACAACUAGCAAAGUACUUGUUUUGUGUUGUAUAUUGAAGUAAUCAAAAAUCUACUGUUUUAGACUUUUAGUACCUGAACUAGUGCGCACGCAC